AUGGGGCUGGGAAGUGUUGAUACCAAAAUACCCAACUUCUCCUGCACCUUGUACGCACUGAAGGUGACCCACCAGGUGCAGCUUCGUGGGCAGUUGGUGCACUUCAAGAAGGUGAGGGAGCGUGUGGUGGUGGCAGACCAGUACCGGAGACCCAGAAAAAAUGCAAAGGCAUUGGUGUCCAGGUCUGCCCCAGAGCAACAGCCCAGCUCCGGUCCACAAGGGUCCCCAACCUCUGCCAAGAACUGGGCUGAGUUAAUCCAUGGGAAGACUGGGGUGGAGAUUGUCUCGGAUCAUGACGAGGACAAUGGGCACAUCCGCUUCCCAGUGGUGCCUGGCGAGCCCCGGACGGUCACCGUGCUGGUGCAGACCCGGGGGGCAGAGCCAGUGACGCUGCAGCGCUGCCAGCCCUGCCAGCCGACACCAGAGCUCUCCUUUGAGGAUGAGCAGGGGGUGACCCAGGGCCAGUCCCUGCUACUGCACCCAGGCGGCACGUACCCCAUCCAGGUGCGGUGCCUGACCUCCUGCAAUGGGUACUUCUGCACCAUGGUGGUCUUUGAGUUCACCAAGGAGCCAAACAAGCCCUUCUGCAUCGGGCGCUACAUCGCUGCUGUCGCUGAGAGCCAGCUGGCCAAGGACCUGGGGCCCUCAGCGCCUUACCAGCCUUACCAGGCCAGUCUCCAGCGCCCUGUCACUGUUGUCACUGAGGAUGGCAUCCCCCCCCCCAGCUCCCUGAAAAAUGAACUGGAGAGGGAAAUUCCUCUGGGUCCCUACCAAUACCCAAAGAGCCUCAAGGACACAAUCCUGCUCGGACCCAACUCCAGCUCCACUUGGGCUGCCAUGCAAUCACAGCUGGAGGCUCCUCUGCAGGCUGAGAACUACCAGAAGAAGUUCCAGCUGCUGCUGCACUUGGAGGAGAUCCAGAUGGAGGUGGACAUCCAUCGCUAUGACAUGCAGGAUGUGCCCAUGGUGCAGGACAGGGCGCUGCUAGUCCUCAAUGUGCCUGGCGUGGCCGAGAACCGCCCGUCCGUGCUGAAGGGGGACCACCUCUUUGUCCACUUGAGCAGUGAGCGGGACCACUCCCCACUCGUCCAGUACAAGGGCUACGUGCACAGCGUGGAGCUGGAGAGGGUCAAGCUGGGCUUCUCCUCCAAGCUGCAGAAGAAGUUUGUGAACAACCUGAGGUUUGAUGUGACCUUCACCUUCAGCCGGCUGCCGCUGCAGGUCCAGCACCGCGCUGCGGUCCUGGCCAUGCGGUGUGGUCUGUCCCGCCUCCUCUUCCCCUCCGCCUCCUGCCACAGGUCCCUUUUCACAGGCACCUUCCAGCCCCGGUGGUUUGACCGCAAGCUGCAGGCCAACGAGGAGCAGUGCAGAGCUGUGACACACAUCGUGACAGGGAUGUCCAGGCCAGCCCCAUACCUCAUCUUCGGCCCCCCUGGGACUGGCAAGACAGUCACUGUGGUGGAGGCCAUCAAGCAGGUAUGGACGUGCUUCAAGGAUGCCCGGAUCUUGGCCUGUGCCCCUUCCAACAGUGCUGCAGACCUGCUGUGCCAGCUCCUCAUCAAGGACAUCGCCCCCAGGUACAUCUACAGGAUGAUUGCCAGCUCCAGGAACUACCAUGAGGUGCCUGCUGAUAUCAGGCCCUGCUGCAACUGGGACGAUAGGGAGAGUUCCUACGUGUACCCGAGCAAGGAGCACCUGGGACACUACCGGAUCCUCAUCACCACACUGGUGACAGCAGGAAGGCUGGUGUCAGCCAAAUUCCCUCCAGGGUUUUUCUCCCAUGUCUUCAUCGACGAGUGUGGGCAGGCAGCAGAGCCAGAGAGCAUGGUUGCCGUUGCAGGGCUUCUGAGUGCCAUGGACCCAGAGACCAACCCCAACGGGGGGCAGCUGGUGCUGGCAGGAGACCCCCAGCAGCUGGGCCCUGUCCUGAGGUCACCACUGGCCAUCAAGCAUGGCUUGGGCACCUCACUGCUGGAGAGGCUGAUGCUGCACAAUCCCCUGUACAAGAAGUCCAGUGGAGGAUAUGAUCCACAGUUUGUCACCAAACUGCUCUGGAACUACAGGUCCCACGAGGCCAUCCUUAGGAUCCCCAACGAGCUCUUCUACGACAGCGAGCUGAGGGCCUGCGAGAGUGACGCGCUCGACGUCCGGAGUCUGUACUGCACCUGGGAGGAGCUUCCAAAAAAAGGCUUCCCCAUCAUCUUCCAUGGGGUUUGUGGGGAAGACCGGAGAGAGGCCAAGAGCCCCUCAUUCUUCAACACGGCCGAGAUCGAGGUGCUGGUCCAGUACCUCAAGAAGCUGCUGCAGAGCCAGGGCAGGGGCGGCUGCCCCAGCGUCUCGCCCAAGGAGGUCGGCAUCAUCUCACCCUACAGGAAGCAGGUGGAGAAGAUCCGGAAAGCCAUCUCCUCCCUGGACCCUGACCUGCGGGCACUGCCGGACAUCGGCCUGCUGAAGGUGGGCUCCGUGGAAGAGUUCCAGGGCCAGGAACGGCGCAUCAUUCUCAUCUCCACUGUGCGCAGCUGCAGUGGGUACCUGCAGCUCGACCAGACCUUCAAGCUGGGCUUCCUCAAGAACCCCAAGAGGUUCAACGUGGCCAUCACCAGAGCCAAGGCUCUGCUGAUUGUGGUGGGUAACCCGGCCGUGCUCAGCAAGGACCAGCACUGGCAGAGGUUCCUCAGGUACUGCCAGGAGGAGGGUGGCUACACGGGCUGCCCCUACGAGCAGAGCCCAGCAGAGGACGGGCUCGCUGCUGAGCUCGAUGCGCUGCGGCUCAGCCCGUAG